AUGAACGUCGCGCUCAUCUUCGGCAUCACCGGGCAGGAUGGCUCGUACCUGAGCGAGCUGUUGCUGGAGAAGGGGUACAUCGUACAUGGGGUCAUUCGCAGGUGCAGCUCAUUUAACACCAAAAGGAUAGAUCAUAUUUUUGACCAGCUCAAUUUGCAUUAUGGAGAUGUCCUGGACAGCAACAGUAUCUGCAACUUGAUAAAUAAAAUAAAGCCAAAAGAAAUUUACAACUUAGCUGCACAGAGUCAUGUAAAGGUUAGUUUCGAAUUGCCUGUCUACACAGCCGAAACCACGGCAGUAGGGACCUUACGUAUACUGGAAGCAAUCAAAAUUUCGAACUUACCCAAUAUAAAAUUUUACAAUGCUUCUACCUCUGAGUUGUAUGGAUGCUCCACUGAUGAUAUACAAAACGAAUGCACUCCAUUUAAUCCUGUCUCCCCUUAUGCAAUUGCAAAACUGUAUGCUCAUUACAUAACGAUAUGUUACAGAAUGUCGUAUCAAAUGUUCUGCGUAAAUGGCAUUCUGUUUAAUCAUGAAAGCCCAAGGAGAGGGGAAACGUUCGUAACUCGGAAAAUUACCAGAGGGGUAGCAAACAUAUGCAAAAAUGAGCAAGACGCUAUAGUGUUAGGGGAUAUAUCUACCUACCGAGAUUGGGGACAUGCAAAGGAUUAUGUCCGUGCUAUGUAUCUAAUGCUACAACAGGAUGAACCUAACGAUUUUGUCAUAAGUUCAAAUGAAAAACAUACGGUGAAGGAAUUUUGCGAAAUUUCUUUUUCCUUUGUUGGGAUUUUUUUAAAAUGGAAAGGAACGGGCGUGGAAGAGAUCGGGGUUGAUCAACACGAUCGAGUGCUUAUUAAAAAAGAUUCCAAAUAUUAUCGAGAGUGUGAUGUCUUCCAUUUGCAUGGCGAUUCUUCAAAGGCGCGCGAAGUGCUGCAGUAUGACUUCGAGCAGUGCAAUUUACCUAUCGAUAAUUUCGACACGUGUGUCCGCAGGUACGAGCUUUACCGGGGUGCACCUAAGAAGUAG